AUGUUUAAGUUAAAUGCGCUUCAUUGGUGGAAAUUAGUUCGUGUCACUAGGGGAUUGGCAAACACUGCAUCUCUCUCUUGGGAUGAGUUUAAGGGAUUAAUGAGUGAGAGGUAUUUCUCUCCACUCCAGAUGAGGAUAUUAGAAAGUGAGUUUUUACGUUUAGAGCAAGGAAGUAUGACUGUGGAGAAAUAUGUAGAGGCUUUUAUAGAAAAAUCUCGAUUUGCUGAACAUCAAGUCGUUCCCGGGAAGAGAAAGGUAGAUCGAUUUGCUAAUGGACUAAAAAAGGACAUUAGGAGAUUGGUGGGAAUGUCAAAACCUAAGAUCUUUCAAGAGGCGGUUAAACUUGCCACCCUUGCUGAAAAGGAUAGUUAUGUCCYAGAUGCCUCUAAUAAGAUAUUGAAGAGGAAAGCUGUCAAUGUUAACGAGUCCAAGAAAAUUCGAGUUUCGGAAGAAAAUAUUAGAACUUCGACCGCAUGUGUCACUUGCGGAAAAUUCCAUCAUGGUGAAUGUAGGUAUGGUAAAGGAGUAUGUUUUAGUUGUGGGAAACCUGGUCAUAGGUCAAAGGAAUGCAAAACAAUAUUUACUUGCUAUUUUUGUGGGGCUAUCGGACAUCGCUCCAAUGAGUGUCCCAAAAAGAAUCUUGUGCAACCGAAGUUGCUCGAAGGACGAACCGCAAGAAACCCGAGGUGUCUACAACCUAAGGACAAGUUUUUCAAAUGA